CUUCAACCCCCAUUCCCUCCCUCCUAACCCAACCCUCUCCAACCAAAAUGUCCACCUCUCUAUCUGCCAUGCAAAACCCCUCCUGCCUCCUCUACGGCGCCGGCGACUGCCGCUACGAAGACCGCCCUAUCCCCAGCAUCCAAGACUCCCACGACGUGAUAAUCCGCAUCGCAUACACAGGCGUCUGCGGUAGCGAUGUCGCAUUCUGGACAAAAGGCGGCUUCAAACGUCUUAUCACGACCUCCAACCCCGUGGUAAUGGGCCACGAGGCAUCCGGGACCGUCCACGCUGUCGGGUCUGCAAUCACACACCUACGUAUCGGAGAUCCUGUGGCCAUCGAGCCCGGAUAUGCGUGUCGACGCUGCGAACUGUGUAAAGCGGGACGGUACAAUCUUUGUCCGCGGAUGAAGUUCGCUGCGGUCCCGAGAAGUGCUGAUGGGACGCUGGCGAGAUUCUUUAAGAUCCCGGGGGACUAUUGUCAUUCAUUGGUAGGUGAAGGGGGUGGGACAGUGCUGGGUCUCGACGAGGCCGUGCUCAUGGAGCCAUUGGCUGUUGCGAUUCACUCUGUUCGCUCGGUGGGUGUGAAGCCCGGCGAUCGGGUGGUGGUGUUUGGGUCUGGGACGGUGGGGUUGCUGUGUGCGAGUGUGGCGAGGGAGUUUGCGGCGAAGCAGGUCGUCAUGGUUGAUGUGAAUGCGUCGAAGUUGGAGUUUGCGCAGUCGGUGGUGCCAAAUGUGUCUGUCUCGUUUGGCACGUAUAUCCCGUCUUCGACGCUCUCGGCGGAGGAAAAUGCCAGCAAGAUCCUCGAGCAGUUUGAUACACCUUCUCAUGUUGCUGGGGACGCGAUUCCUGGAUUCGAUAUCGCCAUUGAAGCUACUGGCGCAGAACCCUGCGUUCAAAUGGGUAUUCAUGUCUUGCGGCCCGGGGGCGCGUAUAUCCAAACUGGGAAUGGAAAGGGGAGUGUUGAGUUUCCGAUUUCGACGGUGGGAGAGAAGGAGAUUGUCGUGCGAGGGUGCUUUCGAUAUGGGCCGGGGGACUUUCAGCUGGGGGUGAGGAUGGCGAGCAAGGGGAAGAUUCCGGUCAAGAAGUUUAUUACAAAGGUGGUGCCGUUUGAUAAAGCUGUAGAGGCAUGGGAGACGACAAUGAGGGGGGAGGGGAUUAAGACUUUGAUCAGGGGGGUCGAAAAUUAG